CGUAGGCCGCUGUGUGUCAUCUCAUCCAGGCCUGCUCCAGACCCUGCCGGGCCCCCUGGAGACACCCCGACACUUUGCCUUCGCCCAGGAGUAUGCGCCCUGUGGGGAUCUCAGCGGGAUGCUGCAGGAACGGAGAUGCCUGGCAAACAUUCAAAUGAGGAACAGUUGGUGAUGGGGGCUGCAGAGAACAGAGCUGAUGAGGACCUGGGGGGCCUCACGGCAGAGGAGCUGCGUCAGGGCCAGAAGGCGGCCCUGGUGCUGGAGGACACGAUGGCCCUGAGCGCCCAGACCCUGGUCCAAGCCGAGGUGGAUGAGCUCUACCAGCAAGUGCGUCCCUUGGGCCAGGGCCGCUUCGGCCAGGUCCUGCUGGUCACUCACCGUCAGAAAGGCACAACCCUGGCCCUGAAGCAGCUCCCCAAGGCCUCCACUUCCCUGCGUGGCUUCCUGUACGAGUUCUGUGUGGGCCUCUCCCUGGGCCCCCAUCCGGCCAUCGUGGCAGCCUACGGCAUUGGCGUCGAGUCGGCCAACUCCUACAGCUUCCUGACCGAGCCUGUCCUGCACGGGGACCUCAUCGCUUUCAUCCAGCCCAAGGUGGGCCUCCCGCAGCCCGCGGCCCAGCGCUGCGCGGUCCAGCUGGCCUCGGCCCUGGAGCACAUCCACUCCCUCGGCCUGGUGUACCGGGACCUCAAGCCGGAGAACGUGCUGGUGUGCGACCCGGCCUGCCAGCGGGUCAAGCUGACCGACUUCGGCCACACGCGGCCCCGCGGGACCCUGCUCCGCCUGGCCGGACCGCCCAUCCCCUACACGGCGCCCGAGCUCUGCGGCCCCCCGCCCCUCCCGGAGGGCCUGCCCAUCCAGCCUGCCCUGGACGCGUGGGCACUAGGGGUCCUGCUGUUCUGCCUCCUCACUGGCUACUUCCCCUGGGACCAGCCCCUGGCCGAGGCUGACCCCUUCUAUGAGGACUUUGUCAUCUGGCAGGCCUCGGGCCAACCCCAGGACCGUCCCCAGCCCUGGUUUGGCCUGACGCCCGUGGCAGACACUCUCCUGUGGGGGCUGCUGGACCCACACCCCCGAAGGAGGAGCCCCGUGAGCUCUGUCCGGGGCUACCUGGGGCAACCCUGGAGGCAGCGGGAGGGGGAAACCGAGGAGGUGUACGAGGGAGACACAGAAUGAGGGAGGCUGGGGCCCAGCCCUCCUGGGGAGAGUUGGGAAGGGAAGCAGGGACCCCAUCCGGAGUCUCCUCAGCAUUCAGCGUGGCUCUUGGCUGCUCUGCUGUCUGUCUGUCCCUGCCUCAUCAUGUCCCCUGUUCUGAUUCCCCAUGCCUGGCCAUCUGUGUGAUCUCUGAGCGCCCCGGAUCUGUCCACGACCUUCUCCAUCUCCCCUGGAACAGCGCCUGCUAUUCCCUUGGCCUGUGGUGUGAUUGGCUCAUCUGCCGCCUCCUGCCAGCCUCCCUCCGUGAGGCUGGCCUCCCCACCCGCAAAGGGACACUGCAGGGGCCUAGCCUGCCCUCCCAGCCCCCCCACCCGCUCUGCUCCCCUUUUGCCUGUGACGCUCCUUCCCUUCUCGUUGUCCGAUAGAUUUAUUUGCUCAUCGUGGUUAUUCUGUGUGUCCUGCUGGAAGGUGGGCUCCAGGAGGGCAGGGAUCCCGGCCUGCCCUGCUCUCUGACAGACCCACCGAGCAAGGCCCAUCCCACCCCGGGUAGGUGGUCCACAGAUGCUUGCUCAAUAAACGGACCCAUCUGGGUUUGCACCGCC